GGUAAAGUUCACGGUUCUUUAGCUCGUGCUGGUAAAGUUAAAUCUCAAACUCCAAAAGUUGACAAACAAGAAAAACCAAAAAAACCAAAAGGUAGAGCUCACAAACGUCUUUUGUACACUAAAAGAUUCGUUAAUGUUACCUUAGUUAACGGUAAAAGAAAAUCCAACCCAGGUCCAUCAUCAAGUUAG